UUUGAACAAAAAGGAUUGAGGAGCAAUGGAUUGUGCCGGUUGCAUAGCCAACUACGUUCAUUCCGUUGCCAUGGCAACCUUCAUGGUAACCAGAGUAACUGUGAUCUUUUGUGCAGCAUCAUCGCACGACCGGCCAGGGCUCAGACCGGAGUUGAAAAUCUGUAGCCGACCUAAACAGGUGUUCUUAGUGCGCUGAUUACGCAGGAAGAGAUACGGAGACAAAUCGUUUCAAAAAAAAAAAACCUUCAAAAACUUUGUGCAACAAUGAGCAAACAAAAGGAUCGCAAAAAGUCGUUGGAAAAACGACUUUACCAACUAGGGGCGACGGAGGAAAUGCCGUCGCUGGUGCAGCAGACCAGAAAGAUUCUGACGCACUUUCCCCAUCUACUCUCGCUCGGCUGUUCCUACGAUGAGCAUCUUUUCCAAACGCUGUACCUUUGUGAGACCGCCAUCAGCAAAUGCAGUGUGGCCGAGCGGGCCAACUGCUCCGUGGACGAGGUUUUAAUAACUGUGCUGGAAAUUAUGAAGCUAGCGUGUGUGUGCAAAAAGGUAGUCAUAUCGUGCCUGCACACAUUGCACUCGAUCAUCCACAAUCUGGACCGUAGCGAGGUGAUGAGUAUGCAUGAUAAAAUAAAAAGCAAGCUUUCCUAUCUUAGCCAAUUUUUCUGUGAAAUGGAACAUUUCGCAAUAAUGCGUGCGGUUGUCAAAAUUCUUUAUGAAUAUGUGCACAAGUGCGCGAGCGAGGAUAGACGUAAUGUGUUUUUGGAUGUAAUGGAAGAUUUUACCGACCCAUCGCGUAACCUGGGCAGCAUAAUACACUGGACGCCCGAAUCGUUUACGAUGAAUUGUCGUACCUUUUUGAACAAUAUUCCGGAAAGGAAAUAUUACUCACUAGCUGCUACUUCGGCUGCAAUUGGCAGCAACGCCAUAUGUCCUUUAGGGGGCAAGAAUUUUAUUUCAUUCGAGUGGAAUUCCAAUCCAGCAGAACUUUCAUUUGAAGCUUCGUUAGCAGAGAAUUUGAACAGAUCGUUCGAAGCGAGUAUUGAGCUAAACGAUAUUCAAAGUUUAACGAUUGUUGAGGAUUUAUAUGCACCGCGAGUGGAGUGUUCCUAUGAAAAGAUCCAAAUUACGGAUGAUUCUAUCGUGACGUACGAUUUGAAUAUUAACGCGUUGAACAACGAAGAGCUAGGUGUGUUGGCACAGCUGGUAAAAACUAUGAUUCAUCCAGAAAAACUUGUCUACAAACCUCUGCGCCCGGCCGCCGAGGAAGAUGAGGUUUUCAUUCGCUGUGAGCAACUUUACAAUACGAAGGACAUUACGGACAAUGGACCGUCGGUGCCGCCAGUGCCGUCACCGUCACUGCCGUCACCGCCACCGCCAGUGCCGUCACCGUCACUGCCGUCACCGCCACCGCCAUCGCCGCAGAAGGAAAGCAGUGUUACGGGCGAGGUGAUUGCUCGAAACGAAACGCCGGACAGAACUCGGACACCAGAAUGUCGGACAGAGCCGGAGAUAGAACUGGAGGCUCCAGUAGUGUCGGCAGUUCCGUCGGUGUACAAUGGCGUCGCAGAUACUUCUAAUUUGUCGGAAUCAAAGGAAUUCGUACCUUUAAGCACCGCCAAAUGGCCGUUCAAAUUGAUCGAUCUUUCGGACGAUCAUAAGAAAGCUGCUCCAAACAGUGACCCUUAUGACAUUGCCCAUCUACGCGAAGAAGAACGUGCGCAUAAGCGGGCAACAAACAAGCACGUUAAAGGCGCUGGAAAGGCGAAUGGAUAUAGCAAGAAAGCUGAGGAACCGACAAACGGUACCAAGACACAAAGUAAGAAGCGUCCAGCGUACAUGAAAUCGUCAACCCCGACCAAACGCACCCGCGCAACGGUGAUGAAAACAGUUCCCAAAGAUUUGGAAGAACUGUCAACAAUUUACAGCAUAAGCGAUGAUACCCAUUCGGACGCUGAUGAUAGCGAUUUCAUAGCCUACGCCAUGCUUUCGGGACUUGGUAAAAGCAACCGGAGCAAGAAGCAAGAAAACAUGCGUAAACAAUCGAUGACUGCUGCGCGUAAAAUGUCUGGGCGAGCUAGGGACGUGAAUGUGAAACAGCCAGCAGCUAAUAACACAUUGCAACCCCAAAAAAAUCCAACCUCACGUGGUAUGAAACCCAACCGCGGGAAAGAAAACACACUGAACAAACAGCCACAGUUGAACGAUUCGCGAAAACAAUGUUUAGAAAGCCGAGAAGUAAAACAUCCCUUGGGAAGGAAACCGGCACAGGAGUCUUCCUAUACGAACGGGAUGGCAAACUCAUUUAGCUUCAAUUGUUCGGAGAGAAUCGUUGGCAGUGAGCCAACUGCACACAAGUCACCGACUCAUUGCUCUUCCAUUGUCCCGACGGCGGUUGUUUUGCAAGAAACUGUUGCAUCCCCCUUACGUUCGUCGAACAGGAACGGCGACGAAACGAUACAGAUGGGAAUGGAAGUUUAUGAAAAUCCCGUAAACGCUGACCGGACACCGACGACGACCACGCCGGCGUGCACCACAGUACAGACGAUGAUCGAAUCAAAAGUACAGCCGCUCAUCGUAGACCUCCGGCGCUACAACAGUGAACGAAUCUGCACAGCAUUGAACGAAGCGCAAGCGUUGGAAAACACAAACUGUGAGGAGUACAAUGGUAUCAAAGAAAUAUGUACACGAACGAAAGAGCUGGAAGAGGAGCUUGAGAUCCUCUAUAGUAAAAUGAUGGCUAUGAUAAGAAAUAGUAAUGAAAAGGAAACCCUCAAUCAGAAGCGAAUGCAAGCUGCACAGCGCGAUCAAGAGUUCAUUCAGAAGGUUAGAGCCGAGAAGAAGAAUUUGCAAACCAUCUUUCAGGCGUGCAAAGUUCAGUACGAUCAACAGCACAAGAGCCGAGUGGCGCAGGAGCUAUGGAAGGUGAUUUACGGACCCGAUGCCAGUGUGACGAGCCCCAUGUUAAACUAACUAGAAGGUAGUUGUAGUAAUAUUAUUCACUUUGAGCUAUUCCGUUUAAGUAAUGCACUAUCUACUUUACUUUAACCUUUUGUCGAUAUUAAUUUAAAAAUGGUUCAAUCGGUUAUAUUACAUGCACAAUAAAUCCGUUUGGCCGCAUACACUUGCGUAUUCUUGUGGGUGGUAAUAUAAAA